AUUUUCAGUGCACAUGCUUUUUUGCUGUGCAUUUAUUAGCUUGUGAAGUUUAGAUUUUUUUUUAAAAAGUUUAACAUGUUUAUCUGUCACUUUUGUAAUAAUGAGAGCAGUACAAUCCUGAGUUUUGUGCAGCAUGUGAAAUUGCAUAGAAAUGUGCCUAAAUCAGGUUUUAAAUGUGCUGUACCUGAUUGCCCACAUAUUUUCACCCAGUUUUCUUCAUUGAAGUCCCACAUAUACAGAAAUCACAGAGAACAUCACCAGUCUGCUGCUAAAGAGCAUCAGGCACAUAUGUGUGAUAAUGAUAAAACAUUUAAAUGCCAUGUAGACUUUUGUGAUUUUCAAUGUGGGACCCUAACACAGCUUUUGUCUCAUUUAAAGAGCCAUAUUCAGUCCGGGCUGGAGAUCCGGUGCCCAUUUGGGUGCAACAGGACAUUUAAGGUGACAACCUGGGAUCCCACAUGAUUGGUGGUUUUGUCGAGAAUUUUAGCCGAAGCCUACAUUUCUGCAGGUAUGUCCAACUUAGAGGAAAUAAAACUUGCCAUCUCCUCUUCAUUACCUGGUCUCUCUGAUGAAACGCUUAAAAAAUGUAUCCAUGGACUUUCUGCUAUUGGUGUUGAGACAAAAGAUGACCUCCAGUAUGUCAAAGAAGAAGACCUCAUGGAGUUCCUCAGGCCUAUACAAUGCCGCAAACUACUGAAUGCAUGGAAAAAUGAAGAACAAUCCAGCUGCACAAGUCCCCAACGCUCAUUGCGUCAUGUUCUUUCGGAUACAUCAAGCCCAGGAUCAGAGAGUUCAAGUUCUACAACAUCUAGUUCUACUGCUUGCUUUUCAGCAUCUUGCGCCUGGGCUGAAACAUUUAAGGUGCCUUGGGAAGUCAUGUCUUCCGAAAUUAAACUGGCCAUUGCAAAUAAAAAAAGACCAUCACCAGCUGAUCGAAGGAAGCUAGUAAGAAUGUUAGUGGAUAACAUGCAAAAACAUGAAGUAAACCCAUCAAAGGCACAGUGUCAGAUUGUAGUGCAGAAUAUUGUUAAGCAGUACCCGGACAGCUUUGCUGAUGUUCUGUCUGAUGGAACAAAAAUAGGUAGUGGGUAUGCCUCUUUGCUCUUGCAAGUUAAAACCCGUGUUGAACAUGUAAACAGAAACAACACUUUAGCUCGUCAGAGAAAAGAACGAUUACGAUCAUCGUGUAGCACCAUAAGCCAGAGCUCAAGAAGGCUGGCUGAUCAAUAUGGUUGUGUCAGUUGGCAGCCUGAGGAGUUUCCUGCGGGAGAAAAUGAUGACACUCUAGAAGAGAAGCGCAAGCAAAUGGUUCUGCUUCAGUCUACUGAAGGAAUGUCUGGAGCCGAUAGAGGAGAACUUCACAAGUUGAUGGAGGUCACAUAUUACCGUCAGCGCCGUGAUAUAAAUGCCACUCCACCACUGUCUGAACUAAAGAACUCAUGGCCUUACCUGUUUUGUCUGAAGGGAAUCUUUUUACAUUUCCAAUUGCUUACUGACAUCUCACUGCUACAAAAAAUCAUGGAGAGCAUUCAAGGGAAAGGAAAGAGGAUUAUAAGAUUUUUUCAAGAAAAGCCAUCAAACAAAGAGGUGUGUGCUGUUCUGUCAAAGUAUCAAGAGGGAAAUUCUCUGGUCCUGUGCAUCUUGAAACUCUUAAUGGCCCAUUUCAAAGAGAGGACAGAAUCACUUCUAAUUGAAGCUGAUGCAGCAGCAACCGCAGCCGACAUGGAAAGAGAGGGAUUACCGGAUUCACCCGCACUGAUCAUCCAAGGUGAAUCCAUGACCCCAAGCAAGUGGAUGUUGUCAGUCGAGAGGGAAGUUGUCCUGGGCCCAUUUUCAGAGGCAUUUGUUGAGGGCCUGGCAGCAUUGUUUGCGACCUAUUACAACUUAAAUCUUGCUUAUCAGGAUGACGCUGCAUGCACGCUGGAAUUUAUUCAGAGAGGACUUGUGGGCAUCAACCCGGAAACAGGAUCAAAAGUUGCUGCUGGAAAGCGAGACAAGAAAAUGCACGGAAUGAACCCACAUGUAUGCACACUGUUGCGUAAACUAAUGGACUUCGAAUGGCUUGUCAUUUAAAGUAUUCCAAUACAAAUGAUACCAGAGACUGACCCAAUUUCCAAGUUCAUAUUCUUGCCUUUAAGGUAGGCACAGUUCAUGCCAUUUCUUUAGGUUAUGACAUUAGAGCUAUGACUAUAAUCACUUUAGGAAUGUGCACUACAUAGUUAAUAUUUAAGUGCUGCUGUUCUGAGGUUUUUGUCCAAGGCUAAAGCCUUACAUUUAAUGUGCAAUUAAUUUUGGAAUCAGGUUGUUAAAUAGCCAUUAUUGCACAAACAUUUUUAUAUUAAUGAAUCAAAGCUAAAGCCUUGCAUUUAAUGUGCAAUCUCCUU